AUGGCAGUAAUUACAGUACAACCGCCGGCAUCGCAACCUCUCUUUUCAUCAGCCGAGCCAGCGAGCUCAGCCUCCCCAGCGAGCUCAGCCUCCCCAGCAACCAUCGUACAAAAUUCCACCGAGCAUGAUUUUAAAACCAUCGACGGACUCUUGCGAGCACGAUCUAAUGGGCAUUUGGCCAAUGAGCCCAUUGUUGCAUAUCCAUCAUCGGGAACUGACUAUGACUACUAUACACCCCGCCAAUUGGACAAUUUUGUGGAGGCGGCAUCUGUCACCCUGUCCAAAGUGAUUCCACAACGCCGCUCUUCAGAAGACCCCGUCAAGGUGGUAGGUUUGCUCGGUGCAUCUGACUUUGAGUACACGAUCACUCUUUUGGCUAUCUCCCGCUUGGGCCACACCGUGUUGUUACUAUCUACACGGAUUGCAGAAGAUGCCUACGUCAGUUUGGUAGAAAAUACUUCUGCCUCAUUUCUGAUAGUCCACCAUAAGUUCCAUACGAUGGGUGAAAAGGUCGCCGAGAGAACAAACAUUGCGCUGCAUGCUGCUUUAUCUCCUGAACAUUAUGACAGUUCCGUUGCGAGUGCAGCCAGGCUACCAUCAGCUCACCUGGAUGGUACCAAAGAGGCUGGUAACAUUUGUUGGAUUAUUCACUCAAGCGGCUCAACGGGCCACCCAAAGCCUAUCUAUCAAACCCACUCCGGUGCUCUACGAAAUUAUGCAAACAACUUCGGACUUCGAGGAUUUAUCACACUGCCACUAUUUCACGCCCAUGGAAUUAGCUGCCUCUUCCGUGCGGUUCACUCGCAAAAGCUAAUUUAUAUGUACAAUGCAAACCUGCCUUUGACAGCAUCGCAUCUCAUGGCCACUCUACAAGAGCACCAAGAGAUCGAGGUGCUUUAUGCGGUUCCAUACGCCUUGAAGCUCCUUUCGGAGUCGGAAGACGGCUUGAGGGUUCUUUCACGUCUGGAACUUGUCAUGUUUGGUGGUUCUUCCUGUCCAAAGCCUAUCGGUGACACCUUGGUGCAGAACGGAGUCCGCCUGGUUUCUCACUACGGAACCACCGAAACAGGUCAACUAAUGACUUCUUUCCGAGACCGCUCGGACUUGGACUGGGACUAUGUGCGCCCAGGUCCAUCUUUGCUACCAUAUCUCCGCUGGGAAGAGCAGUCAGCUGGAAUUUACGAGCUGUGUGUCUUAGAAGGCUGGCCAUCCAAAGUCGCCAGCAACCGCCCUGACAAUUCAUACGCAACCAAAGACCUUUUUGAGAAGCACCCAACCACACCAAAUGCCUGGCGCUACUACGCACGUCUGGACGAUACUUUGGUUUUGGAAAACGGCGAGAAAGCCAACCCGCUGAUUAUCGAAGGCGUCGCCCGAAAUAACCCUAACGUGGCUGAAGCGAUUGCUUUCGGAGCCAACAAGCCACGGCUUGGCAUGUUUAUUGUUCCAGCAGCCAACGGUGUUGUCCAACAGGAGCAAGAUCUGGUAGAUCUGAUCUUCCCAGCUAUUGAGAAAUGCAACGCGGAAUCUCCUGGAUAUGCCUACAUGUCCCGUGACAUGAUCCACGUCCUGCCCGCAGAUGCUGUCUAUCGCAAGACUGACAAGGGAACUGUUAUUCGCUCAGCGUUCUACCGUGACUACCAGUCACAGAUUGAGCAGAUAUAUGAUCUUGAGGAUGCCAGCGGAGACCAGGUUUGCGAAGGUGCCGCGCUGAUCAAUUUCCUACGCGAACAUCUUCUCCAAGUAGCACCAUCCCUCGAACCAGCCGCAUUGGAAGAGACGACCGAUAUUUUCAGUUUGGGAAUUGACAGUUUACAGUCUACUCGACUGCGAACAAUUAUACUGAAAACCCUCUAUCUUGGUGGUCAGAAACCAUCCCAAAAUUUUGUUUUCGAGAAUCCCUCGUUGAAAGCUAUGGCCGAGGCUUUGACUCGCAUGCGCCUAGGUCAGGUUCCGAAGGGCGAAAUACCCGUUGAAGAACGGAUGUCAGCCCUCAUUGAGAAGUAUAGCGCAAACUUUGAAGCCCAUAUCCCAGUUGCCCGCGAGGAUGACGGCGAACACAUCAUCGUGACUGGUGCGACAGGUUCCUUGGGUGCUCAUGUCGUGGUUCAAUUGGCUCAGUCCGAUCUUGUCAAAACAGUCUACUGUCUCGUUCGUGCAAAAUCUCGUGAUUCUGCCCGUCGUCGUGUUCAACAGUCUUUGCGGGCACGAGGCUUGUCAUAUACCCUUGCCCCAGUUCAUGAACGGAAGAUCGUCGCGUUGCCGGCUGACUUGGGUAACUCCAACCAUCUGGGAAUGGAUGAAUUCUCUUACAACAUGCUAGUUGAAUCAGUUACAGGUGUCAUGCAUUGCGCUUGGUCGGUUAAUUUCAACUGGUCCUUGGAGAGCUUCGAAGGAAGCUGCAUUGCUGGAACUCGACACUUGUUGGAUUUCUGUUUGCAGGCACGACGGCCCUCCCCUGCCAAGUUCUCUUUCUGCUCCUCAGUUAGCACAGUUGCACGGACACCCGGCAAUUGGGUCCCAGAGGCCCUUCCCGAAUCACUCAGUUAUGCGCAAAAAAUGGGAUAUGCGCAGUCCAAGCUAGUAACGGAGCAUAUAAUCAAUCGAGCUGCCCACCAGACAGGAAUGACAGCACGUGUACUAAGAGUAGGGCAGAUUAUUGCAGAUACCGUUCAUGGCAUCUGGAAUGCCACCGAGGCCAUUCCUAUGAUACUCCAGACAGCAGAGACAAUCCACGCACUGCCCCAACUAGAAGAUCUCAUCUCGUGGACACCGGUAGAUAUCAUUGCCAACAGCGUUAUUGAUCUCACCCUGGCUCAAACUGCAGGAGAGGUGGUCAAUGUCACGAACCCAACUCUUAGUCACUGGACUCGAGACUUGCUACCACUUCUGAGACAGUCGGGAUUGGAGUUUGAAGAGUUGAAACCUCGCGAGUGGCUGAACCGUCUGCGCAAUUCGAACCGCAACCCCAAAGAAAACCCACCUAUCAAGCUUGUCGAGUUCUUUGCCAGCAAGUAUGACCAUGACCGUCCUAGUCAAGUUCUUCUCUACAGUACCCAGCAGGCGCAAGCCGCGGCUCCUGCACUGCGCCAAGCAGGAGGUCUGAGAGCCGAAUUGGUGACACGCUUUAUCAAGUACUUCCGCACUCAAUGCUGGACAGACACAAGUGUUUCAAGUCUCUCAGCACGGUACCGGGAAGUGAUCUUUUUGACUGGCCCCUGUGGAUGUGGCAAGAGCACAGCCGCCCAAGCUCUAGUACAGCGAUUUGAUAUCCCUAUCAUCGAGGGCGACGACUUGCACUCGCAUCUAUCGCGACAGAAGAUGGCUAAUAACAUCCCUUUAGAGGAUAGUGAUCGUUGGGAUUGGAUUGCUCAUAUCCGUGGUGCGCUGAUGGGUAGAUUGCAAAACUCAACUGCUCCUGCCAUUGCCGUCACCUGUUCCGCGUUGCGAACAGUACACCGCGACGAGCUGCGGAAGCUAACUCAGCUCCUCGACUUUCCCGUCACAAUCACCUUCCUUGCCCUCUCUAUCAGUGAUGAAGUUCAGUUGAAAGAUCGGCUGAACGCCCGUUCUGCGGCGGAGAAUCAUUAUAUGCACUCGAAAAUGGUUGAAUCACAGCUUGCUGUCCAAGAGCCUCCCACCCGCCUGGAGAAUGACGUUAUAGUGUUGGAUUCAUGCCAGUCAAAAGAUCGAGUGAUUAAAGCUGUCGAGGAGACUGUGCAGCAAAUUCUGGAGCUCUAG